AUGACAUAUUCUUCAGAAUGGGAACGUUAUUGUCAUGAACAUGAAUUGAGAAUUGAUCCAUCAAAUUCAAGAUGUGCCAUAUUGGGGUCUCCUUCUCCUAUGUCAUCAACUGAAAUUUAUACAUAUGAAUCACAACUUUCAAUGGUAUAUAAUGAAAAUCACAAUGUAGAAAUUUUAAAGGAAUCAACCAUAAUGACAAGUAUAAAGAGAUUUUGGCCAUUUAAAAAAUUGAUUAAACCUAUGUGGUCAAAAUUUAAAAAAUCAAAAUUGAAAUUUAAAAGGAAGAAAAAGAAGUCUAAGAAAAAACAAGUUCUUGAUCUUAAUGAUUUUAAAGAUCAAACUACUGCUGCGGUUCCUGCUCGUCAUGUUUCAACACCAUUGGCUAUCCCAUUGUUUGCUAAAAGUUGUUUGAAAAGUAAAAUCUCACAGGAUUUUAAUCAUCUUUUGGCGAUAUCUAAAACUUCAUUAAGUUCACAAAAAUCAUCUGUGAAAUCGGUAUUUGAUACUAGUUCAAAUAUUCAUACUAAUGCAACUACUCCAAAUUGA